UUCUUUUUCAAGUAGUCUGCUCGAACCGUGAUUACAUUUGUAUUAACCAAGGCCACGCUCGCUAUCUAUCUCGCCUAUCUUAGAAAAAUGAUCUGUCGAUCGACUAAAAAACAAAUACAUACACUUUCCGAUUGACAGAAAUUAACAAAAUAAAUAAUUAAUACAAGUAAAUCGAACAACAAUACCUCGUGAAAAUCGAUUAAACUGAACCCCGCUGCUUCCUUUCAAGGGAACGUUCAGAGGCACUUGACGAAAUACGAUUGCCUGUUUUUUCCCACACUGAUUUAUCGAAAUCUUAUCGUCCCGUUCUCUCAGGUGAUUUUCAUCCAAUCAGAAGUACUCGGUAUACUUCUAUAUAACUUCGGUAACUCCUAUAUAAGGCGGCAAUUAUCGAUAUAAUCGAACACUGCGAUCGAACUUAAGCCAAACACGAUGAAGCUUCCACUGAUAGUCGCCGCGAUUCUGGCUGGCCUGGUAGCAACCAGCCAUGGCCAUUUCCUGCCACCUUUUGGCGAAGGGCAGUUGUACGAAGACAUUCAAUACUUCAUCGAUAUGAUACCCAUGGAAAAAGUCGUGUCGAUCGUGUUACAAUACGCGAGCGACGACACCGAUUUCAAGGAGCUGAUCGUAUACUUCAAAUCCGAUGAGUUCAAGGAGACGUUGAAGGAAGUCGAGGCUAUCGCCGAGUUCCGCAAUUUUGCCGACUAUUUAGAAAAGAGCGGGGUUCACAUUUACACAGGUUUAAACAAACUAAACGAAGUCGUGGGUCUCCCACCGUUCCAUUCGGCGUUGUUCGCGAACAAGAUCACCGGAGGACUCAAAGGGCUGUUCGAGGACGUCAAGAGUCUGGUUAAUUACGACAAUUUCAUUCACGGCUAUGUGUACAAAAUGAGGACCUCGGACGCUUUCCGCGAAUUCGUUGCUCAUCUGAAGUCCAACGAGAAUCAGAAGUUCGUCAACGCUCUUUACUCGAGCCAGAAGUUCAUUCAUUUCAGGGCCAUGCUCGUUCAGAAGGGUUUGGAUAUUGGUUUGGUCGAGGACGUCAUUUUCACGGUUUUGGGCAUUGACUUUCCGGUAUUCGAAAUGCCACCGCAAAUGAAACCACCCGUCAAAUGUUUCAACCAACCGACCAACAUGAUGAAGUUAGCAUUCGCAGUUCUGGCCGUUCUGGCCCUGUCGGCUCCCAGCCAAGCCUGGACGGUACCCCGAACCGGAAACGGUGCGUUGGCCAAAGAAAUCCAAGACUUCGUCGACAUAAUUCCGAUAGACAAGAUGGUAUCCAUAGUGAUGCAGUACGCCGCCGAGGACGCUGAGUUUCAGAAGCUGGUGCAGUACCUCUUAGGUUCCGAAUUCAAGGCCCUCAUCACUGACGUAGAAGGCAUGCCUGAGGUGUUGAACAUCCUGAACUACAUCCAAGGCGCCGGACUCGACAUUUACAUGAUGGUCAACAAAGGCAACAAAUUCCUGGGCCUGAAAGAGCUAACCCCGCCUGCCUAUUUCGCUAACAACUUCGGUGUCGUGAGGAUCUCCGGCGGUAUCCGUGGAUGCAUCAACGAUUUAAAGGCUCUGUUCCCCACGGAAGAGGUCGAGGCUUUAUACAAACAGAAGAUGGCCAGUUCUCCGGUUUUCCAGGACUUCAUGAAGCACCUUAGCAGCCCGGAGUUCCAACAGAUCGCCACGAAGGUCUGCGCCAAUCCUCAUUUCAAAGAUCUGUUGGCCAACGCUAAGAAAGUCGGCAUCGACGCUCAACAGGUCAAGAUCGUCAUCGAAGGAAUCCUAGGUGUCAAACUUAAUUGCUAAAU